AUGGAUAGGUCAUGGGUGCAUGCUGAUAGGAGAUCUCAUGAAUAUAAGUUAGGGGUGGCAGAGUUUUGUCAGUUUGCUUUGGGAAAUGCUAGAGACCCUAACCGUAUUUGUUGUCCUUGCACAAAGUGUGGAAAUGUGAAAGAUUUUUCUGCACAAGUGAUAAAGGAUCACUUGUUUGUAAAUGGGAUUGACACAGAUUAUGUGAAAUGGACAGAACAUGGGGAGGUUGUAGUGGAGUCGGGAUCAUAUACGGAUAGUGAAAGUCUUGAAUCAGAGCCAAUUGAAUCUGACUCUGUACAGGGUAACAUGAGGGCAGAUUAUGAAGUAGAAUUAGAUAGUGAUGUGGAGUUGGAAGGUGAUGAGGAUGAGGAGCUUUCGAGUGAGUGUAAUGAAUUCAAGAAAUUUGUUGACGAUGCCAACAAACCCUUGUACCCUGGUUGCAAUAGGCACACCAGGAUGAAUGUGCUUGUGAGGCUUUACAACUUGAAAGCUAAGCAUGGGAUGAGUGAUUCGGCUUACUCGGACUGGUUGAUUGCCUUUGCUGAGUAUCUGCCGGAAGGAAACGAGAUACCUUCCUCUGUGUACGAAGCAAAGAAGAGUUUGAGUGCAUUAGGAAUGGAUUACACCAAAAUACAUGCAUGCCCUAAUGACUGUAUUCUGUACAGAAAACAAUAUGCCGAUGACACUAUUUGUCCUACAUGUGGUACAUCUAGGUGGAAAAAAUGCAAAAACAAGAAAGAGAGAGAGGGAGUCCCUGCAAAAGUGUUAUGGUAUUUCCCUCCUAUUCCUAGGUUCAAAAGAAUGUUUCAAUCAACUGAAACAUCAAAGGCCUUAACUUGGCAUGCCACCGAGAGAAACAAGGAUGGCUUAAUUCGCCAUCCUGCAGAUUCUGCGGCUUGGAAGUUGGUAGAUGAAAAAUGGGCAGAUUUUGGUAAUGAGCCACGAAACCUACGACUUGCAUUGUCAACGGAUGGGUUCAAUCCCUUUAGCUCCUUAAGCAGCAAGUAUAGUUGUUGGCUCGUUAUUUUGGUAACCUAUAAUCUACCUCCAUGGUUGGUAAUGAAGAGGAAACACAUGAUGCUUACCUUAUUGAUAUCGGGCCCUAAACAACCAGGAAACGACAUCGAUGUUUACCUUGAACCAUUAAUAGAUGACUUAAAGCUGCUAUGGGAAGGGGUGAAUGGAGUUUACGAUGCCAUCAAAAAUGAAACUUUUACUCUUAGGGCUCUACUAUUCUGGACAAUUAAUGAUUUUCCAGCGUAUGGUAACCUUUCAGGGAGUAUAGUGAAAGGCUACAAUGCAUGUCCGAUUUGCCUUGAUAAAACAAAACCUACAAGGCUAGUUCACGGGGGAAAGAUGGCCUACACCAUUCAUCGGCGAUUUUUAGGAAGACACCAUCCUUACCGAAAGCUAAGGGCUGCUUUCAAUAACCAGCCAGAACAUGUAGCAGCUCCAGUGCCAUUGACUGGAGAAGAAUUGUUGAGCAGGGUGGAGGCUGAAGUUCCACAUUGGCCCAAGACUAUAGAUGCUUCAAGGCUUCCCAAAAUCCAAAGUGAUCUGGUCGAAACUUUGUGUGAGCUUGAGAAGUACUUUCCGCCAUCUUUCUUUGACAUAAUGAUUCAUUUAACAGUCCACUUGGUUAGAGAAGUUGAGCUAUGUGGACCGGUUUGCUUCCGAUGGAUGUAUCCUUUGGAAAGAUAUAUGAAGGUCUGCAAGGGCUAUGUUAGGAAUAAAACGCAUCCGGAAGGGUGCAUUGCUGAGUGUUACAUAGCUGAAGAGGCGCUUGAGUUUUUAGGUGAACUUUUCUUUGAUAAUAGGACUGUUGGCAUCCCAAAAGAAAACAUCACAACUGACAAGCCUACCUCUGGUGCAACUGUUGAGUCUGUUUAUGGCAAAGAAUUUCAGCAAGCUCAUCUCUGCGUGCUUCAAAACACUGAAGAAUUUAGAAGCUACUUUUUGGAACACACGGAACAGUUGAAGAGGGAGUUCCCCAAGUACAAAAAGAAUAAAAAGUGGUUGGUGGACAAACAAAACAUGACUUUUGCUCAGUGGGUGAAGGAGAGGGUUGAAUCAAAGGUUGCUGAACCAGGUUGUGAUGUCCCUGAGAUUGUGAGGUGGCUAGCAGAUCAACCAAGCCAUGAAGUCCCGAAGUUUAGUGGUUACCGAAUAGGGGGAGUGCAAUAUAACACUAAGUUGCGCGAUGAUCUUAGGUCAACACAAAGCAGUGGGGUUUAUUUGGUUGCUAAGACUCCUCAAGUAGCUAGUGCUAAGGAUAAAAACCCUAUUACUGAAGACAUGAGCUUCUAUGGGUGUGAUUGGGUAGAGAAUGAGAAGGGUGUUAGAGAAGAUGAUCUUGGGUUCACUUUAGUUAAUUUAAAUAGGAAAGGUUAUCUAAAUGACUGUUUUGUUUUGGGAAAAAGUGUGGAGCAAAUAUUUUAUGUUGAAGACCCUGUAGAUCGUAGGUGGGCAGUUGUGGUGAGAGUCCCAAAAAGAGAUUACAUUGAUUCUGUUCAGGAGGAUGAUGUUGGGGACACCAUUCUUUCCCACCCCCCCAUCGCAACUACAAUGCCAGCUAUUCAGUCACAUGAUAACUCUCAAGAUGAGGAGCCAAUGGGUUAUAGGCGUGCAGGGAAUGAGGAUAUAGUAGUUGAGGGAGCGUAG